AGGAGUGACAUUUUUUUUUUCUUUUGUGAACUAGAGCUGAGAGCACCAUGGGAAAAGCUAUGGAGAAGAAUUUGGUUGUUAUAUUUGUGUGGGUAAAUUUGCUUCUAUGGGGAGUUAGUGGUAGAAUUGAAAAGAUAGAAAGGAAAACGGCCGAAAAAGAAGUGUUAGCAGUGGGUGAUCCAGGAAUGAAAAGAGACGGGUUGAGAGUGGCUUUUGAAGCUUGGAACUUUUGCAAUGAAGUUGCCUAUGAAGCUCCUGGCAUGGGAAGUCCCAGAGCUGCUGAUUGUUUUGAUGUUGCAAAUUCAACUCUGAUACACAAGGUAUCAGAGGCUGAUAACAGACUUGGAAUAGGCAAAACAUUCAAAGGUUUGAGUGUAGAUGCUUUGCACAACCCAGAUCUUUAUGCAGUUGAGAAGGAGCUGUAUUUAGGUUCUUUGUGUGAAGUUUCAGAGAAUUCAAAUCCAUGGCAAUUUUGGAUGGUUAUGCUAAAAAAUGGCAACUUAGACACAAGGACCAGUUGGUGUCCUGAAAAUGGGAAAUUCGUACCUCCGUUUACUACAACGAGGUUUCCUUGCUUUGGAGAAGGGUGCAUGAAUCAGCCCACUUUUAAUCAUCAACCGACACAACUCUUAGCUGAUGGUACAAUGAGAGGAUGGUUCAAUGGAACUUAUGAUUUGGAUGCUGAUAUUGAUCAAGGACUUGAUAAUAUCUCCUUUUAUGAGGUGGUUUGGGAGAAGAAGCUUGGUUCUGGAAGUUGGAUCUUCAAGCAUAAGCUCAAGACUUCAAAGAAGUAUCCAUGGCUGAUGCUAUAUCUCAGAGCUGAUGCAACCAAAGGAUUCUCGGGGGGUUACCACUAUGAAACAAGAGGAAUGCUCAAUACUCUCCCAGAGUCUAAUUUUAAGGUCAGGAUCACUUUGGAUGUGAAAAAAGGAGGAGGACCAAAGAGCCAGUUCUACCUGGUAGAUAUCGGCAGCUGCUGGAAGAACAAUGGUAAGCCCUGUGAUGGAGAUGUACUCACAGACGUUACAAGAUACAGUGAGAUGAUAAUCAACCCAGAUAUUGAAGAUUGGUGUAGCCCGACAGGUUUGAGCAACUGCCCACCAUACCAUAUUACUCCAGAUAACAAAAAGAUUUACAGGAAUGACACUGCCAAUUUCCCAUAUGCGGCUUAUCACUACUAUUGUGCUCCUGGCAAUGCUAAACACUUGGAGGAACCUGUCAGCACUUGUGAUCCUUAUAGCAAUCCUCAAGCACAAGAAAUAGUUCAGUUGCUGCCUCACCCGAUCUGGGGCGAAUAUGGCUACCCAACUGAAAAGGGUCAGGGUUGGGUUGGGGAUCCAAAGACUUGGGUGCUUGACACCGGUGGCCUAGCCAGUAGGCUCUACUUCUAUCAGGAUCCAAAUACCCCUCCAGCUAAAAGAAUAUGGACAUCUAUCGACGUGGGUACAGAAAUUUUUGUUAGUGACAAAGAUGAAGUGGCAGAAUGGACCCUUAGUGAUUUCGAUGUUAUUCUCACUUGAUUCUUCAUUCAAGCGUUUCACCUUCCACUUAUUAUUUAUUUAUUUUCAUUAUUUUUAGCCUCUUAAGAAAAGCAAUAAAGAAACAGGGUAAAAAGGGGGUAUUUUCUGAUACUAUUAUAUAAAGAGUGUAAGGAUAUAGGAGUUAAUCAUGCUCGAAGGGCUUGCUUUUUCUAAUCCUGUAAGUUUAUUCAAUUAAAUACCUUUUUAAUUGCCUAUCUUUGACUUAUUUAAAAGGAU